AUGACUGUAAUAAAUGAUCAUGCAAUCGUUGAUGCUUUGGAGGCUACGGCUCAUGUGAUGGGUCAGGCAAAUCAGGCGGUGCAUAAUUAUAAUAGGAUGGCAGACAAGUUAAUAGGGAUAGUAAAGUUCAAGAGGAAUAAUCCACCGACUUUUAAAGGAAGGUACGACCCAAAAGGUACUGAUAUCACUUGGGGGAAUUUCAAGACCGAGUUCCUUGAGAAGUACUUUUCUGCUGAUGUUCGUAGCAAGAAGAAGAUUGAGUUCUUUGAGUUGAAACAGGUAAACAUGAUUAUUGUUGACUAUGUUGUGAAGUUUGAGGAAUUAUUUAGGUUUUUCCCGUAUUACAUUGGGGUAGAAGAUGAGGGUUCCAAGUGUAUCAAGUUUGAUAGUGGCUUGUGUCUUGAGAUGAAGCAGUUCAUCAAGUACCAGGAGAUCCGUCAAUUUUCUGUGUUGGUUAAUAAGUGUAAGACCUUCAGUGAAGAUAGUUGUGCUAUAUCUGCUCACUAUAAGAGUAUUAGCAAGAAGAAAAUGGAAGUUAAACCCUUUGAAAACCUUAUGGGGCUCUAG